CGUUUUUCGUAGAGAGGGAGGGAGAGAGACAGACAGAGAGCGUCUUCUGGAGAGUUUCUUCCAGAGAGAGAGAGAGAGAGAGAGAGAGAGAGAUGCCAAUAGCCAGACCGGAGCCUCAAGAAGCUCGCGUCAUUGCCCACAUCGACUUGGAUUGCUUCUACGUACAAGUGGAGCAAAGAAAACAACCAGGUUUAAGGGGUUUACCCACUGCUGUUGUACAGUAUAAUUCCUGGAAAGGUGGUGGCCUGAUUGCCGUUGGCUAUGAAGCUCGCAGGUUUGGUGUGAAGCGUUCAAUGCGAGGUGAUGAGGCCAAAAAGGUUUGUCCAGAUAUCCAGUUGAUUCAGGUUCCAGUUGCCCGUGGUAAAGCUGACUUGAAAUUAUAUCGCAAUGCUGGUUCAGAGGUGGUCUCUGUGCUUGCAAGGAAAGGGCGGUGUGAACGGGCGUCAAUUGAUGAGGUCUAUCUUGACCUGACUGAUACAGCCGAAUCUAUGCUGUCUGAAAAUCCUCCAGAAAUCUUGGAAGAAAUUCAUGAAGAAGCCCUUAAAUCACAUGUUCUUGGGCUCAAUGUGGAUAGCAGUGGCAGGGAAGAAACUGUGAAAGAGUGGCUCUCUAGGAAUGAUGCUGAUCAUCAGGAUAAGUUAUUAGCUUGUGGAGCCAUCAUUGUGGCUGAGCUUUGGAUGCAAGUCUUGAAAGAGACUGAGUUUACAUGUUCUGCCGGCAUAGCUCACAAUAAGAUGCUAGCGAAACUUGCAAGUGGCAUGCAUAAACCUGCACAACAAACCGUUGUGCCCUCCUCAUGUGUAAAAGAUCUGCUUGCUUCUUUGCCAAUAAAGAAAAUGAAACAGCUUGGUGGAAAGCUUGGCAGCUCCUUACAAAGUGAUCUUGGUGUAAGCACUGUUGGAGAUUUAUUGCAGUUUUCUGAACAAAAGCUACAGGAGCGUUAUGGCAUUAAUACAGGUACAUGGUUAUGGAAUAUCGCUAGAGGCAUCAGCGGGGAUGAAGUUGAGGGUCGUCUUCUUCCCAAGAGCCAUGGUUGUGCGAAGACAUUUCCAGGCCCAAAAGCAUUAAAAACAAUUGCUUCUGUUGAACACUGGCUUAAUGAGCUCUGUGAAGAACUGAGUGAACGUAUCCAGUCAGACUUGGACCAAAACAAGCGUGUCGCGCACACACUGACCCUGCAUGCUAGGGGAUACAAGUCUAAUGACUUUGAUCCACACAAGAAGUUCCCUUCCAAGUCGUGCCCAUUAAGGUAUGGGACUGCAAAAGUUCAAGAAGAUGCUCUGAAACUAUUUGAGUCUGGGCUACGUGAAUUCCUGGGCUUAUGCAGAGUUGAAGCACAAGGAAACCAAAAUUACAGUUGGGGAGUAACAUCUCUCUCUGUUUCGGCGAGUAAAAUAGUAGCUGCACCAUCUGGAACUUGUUCGAUCUUAAGAUUCUUUCAUGGCGACAACCCUUCUUGCUCUUCAUCCAAACAGGCCUUUGAUGGGUCUUUCCAAGAUGGUGCACCAUCAUCACCGUCGGGAAGCGAAAGCUGUUUGGGGCUGAAUCAAGCUGUGCAACAAAAAACGUGCGUUCGUUCAGGAAAUGAAAGCUGUUCGGGGCUGACUCCAGCUGAGCAACAAAGAUGGUAUCCACAUGAAGAGAGCCACACCCAAAAUGUCCCUCCUAGUUCAGAUCGAGGUGUAAGCAGAAGUCAAACAUGGGAAUACAAGGUUGAAGAGAUUGAUCCUGCUGUGAUUGAUGAGCUGCCUUUGGAAAUCCAGGCAGAAGUUCGAGGCUGGCUACGCCCACAUAAGCGUCCUAAUAUGGCUAAGCGAGGUCACAAACUAAUCAAGGAUAUUUUUGAGCAUGGCCCAUCCACACUGCAGCCCAAUGGGAUUAAACCGUGGACCCCACUUGGACUAAUUGAAAACUGGAUCACACUGUGCAUUAAAUCCACACACCUAAUGCAACCAUUCUGUAGGUAGUUAUUUUAAAUUUGGUUGAGAAGUUAUGUACAUAGCUUGUAGCUUUCUUGUAGAAGAGGGUGUAUUAAAUGGAAGAACAUGACUGAACAAUUCAACUGUAGAAUAUUGUAAGCGAUUCCUCAGUAACUUCUCCCUCCCUCCCCUCUCUCUUUCAAGUAGGACAUGGAGGGAAUGGCUACUCUUGCCUUAUCAAUACUAUUUGAUGUCAUUAAAUUUUGUCAUUACCUUUUGUUUCAACUGAAUGAGUGCAACUCAAUUCACUUCGGCAUGCAUAUGUUGCCUUAGUGUCUUGUAGCAAGGAGUGGUUUUUGUAAGCAGUCCAGAGCAGAACUCUUUGUAAGCUAUAUGUUUUUAGACUGGUUCAAUGGGGAUCUAUCUAUUUCCAUGGUUGUGGAAA